CCCGAGCGUCCGCGGGGACUGCAAAAUGGCGGACGGCGGCGGUGAAGCGGCAGCUUCGGCGGCGCCCACUCCUCCCCCUUCCGAUGGCCGCGGCUCGUGCGCGGCCUGGGCCCAGUUCCUCCGGGCCCGGCUGGCGGGGGCUGGCGCCUCGCUGUGGAUCGCGGUCGGCCUGGGGCUGCUUUACGCUCUGAGGGCGCCCCUGAGGCUGUGUGAGAAUCUGGCGGCGGUGACAGCGUUUUUAAAUUCUUUGACUCCAAAAUUCUAUGUGGCACUAACAGGAACAUCAUCUCUAAUAUCUGGACUCAUAUUUAUAUUUGAAUGGUGGUACUUCAGGAAAUAUGGUACAUCAUUUAUUGAGCAAGUAUCUAUAAGCCAUUUGCGGCCACUUAUUGGAAGGUCAGAGAACAGUGUUCCAGAGCCAGGUUCACCUUCUGUUAGUAGGGAUGCUGAUACCAAUAGGCAGAAUCUGUCAGAAUGUAAGGUAUGGCGAAACCCUUUAAAUCUUUUCAGAGGAGCUGAAUAUAGAAGAUAUACCUGGGUGACGGGUAAGGAACCACUUACAUACUAUGACAUGAACUUGUCAGCUCAGGAUCAUCAGACUUUUUUCACUUGUGAUACUGACUCUCUACGUCCUUCAGAUACAGUUAUGCAGAAGGCAUGGCGAGAGAGAAAUCCUCCAGCUCGUAUCAAAGCAGCUUAUCAGGCUUUAGAACUGAACAAUGAUUGUGCUACCGCCUAUGUUCUAUUGGCUGAGGAGGAGGCAACGACAAUCGUAGAUGCUGAGAAGUUAUUUAAACAGGCCCUCAAAGCUGGGGAGACAAUUUACAGGAAGUCCCAGCAGCACCAGCACCAGAGUCCUCAGCAUGAAGCCCAGCUUAGAAGAGACACCAAUGUAUUAGUUUAUAUUAAACGAAGACUAGCCAUGUGUGCAAGAAAAUUAGGAAGAAUAAGAGAAGCAGUAAAGAUAAUGAGAGAUCUAAUGAGAGAGUUUCCUCCUCUUAGUAUGUUGAACAUACAUGAAAAUCUCCUAGAAUCCCUUCUAGAAUUACAGGCUUAUGCAGAUGUUCAGGCAGUUCUAGCAAAAUAUGAUGAUAUUAGUCUUCCAAAGUCAGCAGCAAUUUGUUACACAGCAGCACUGUUGAAGACUAGGACUGUGUCAGAUAGGUUCUCUCCAGAAACAGCCUCUAGAAGAGGGCUGAGCACUGCAGAAAUUAAUGCCGUGGAAGCAAUUCAUAGAGCGGUGGAAUUUAACCCUCAUGUUCCAAAAUACUUACUUGAAAUGAAAAGUUUAAUAUUACCCCCAGAACAUAUUCUGAAACGGGGGGACAGUGAGGCAGUUGCCUAUGCUUUCUUUCAUCUUCAGCACUGGAAACGGAUAGAAGGUGCCCUUAAUCUGUUGCAGUGUACGUGGGAAGGCACCUUUAGAAUGAUUCCAUACCCAUUAGAGAAAGGACAUCUAUUUUACCCUUAUCCCAGCUGCACAGAGACAGCCGACAGAGAACUAUUACCCACAUUUCAUCAUGUUUCUGUUUACCCAAAGAAGGAGCUUCCUUUUUUCAUUCACUUUACAGCAGGCCUGUGUUCCUCUACAGCAAUGCUUGCCCUUCUCACCCAUCAGUUUCCUGAAAUCAUGGGUAUUUUUGCUAAAGCUGUAAGUAUGGUCUCAAGGACUUGCUUAGAAUAUUUGUGAGACACACAGGAAACUGUUUCUGAUUUGUCUAUGUAAACCAGUUAUGAUGUGGAGAAUGUGCAUUUAGAGUAAAUUAUGAGUUAUGUCUUGUACAGUUGUUGCCAUGGAGCCAUCAAAUUUGGGUCUUGGGUUUCUUGACCUAUGAUUCUGUAACUAACAAAAAACUUGAAGGAGUGCAGUGCUGAACAUUAUAAAGUUGGUCUCUGUAGAUCACUCUUCAUAGUAAUACAGCACUCAUUACUAACUUAAGAACAAUCCAGCUUUUCUUGGCCUGCUUACCAUUAUUGUAUGUUUUGUUUGGCAUUUUUAAAAAAUUCCAUAUUUUAU